UUCGUAAAUAUAGAAAAAAUUUGAACUACAAUAUUUGUUUACAGGGUUGUGCUCUAUUAGUUUUGUUAUUGACUAGGGUCUUGCCAAAAGGAGGGGUGAGCUCUUUUAAAGCCCAAAUAGAAAAAGGGCAAACGAGUCUAGCUGGGCUUCGCGUCUGCAAAAUACACUCAUGGGAGCUCCGAACACCGUCUCUUCCUCUCCCUUCCUCUCCGCCAAAUCCGCCAAGAUCUUUGUCGCUGGCCACCGUGGCCUAGUCGGCUCCGCCAUCGUCCGCAAACUCCUCUCCCUCAACUUCACCAGUAUUCUGCUUCGCUCUCACGCCGAGCUCGAUCUCACUCGUCAAUCAGAUGUCGACGCCUUCUUCGCCGCCGAGAAGCCGGAUUACGUCAUCCUUGCUGCUGCCAAAGUUGGCGGCAUCCACGCCAACAAUACUUAUCCGGCCGAUUUCAUCGCCGUCAACCUCCAAAUCCAGACCAACGUCAUCGAUUCCUCGUUCCGUCACGGCGUCAAGAAACUCCUCUUCCUCGGGUCCUCUUGCAUUUACCCAAAGUUCGCUCCGCAACCGAUCACCGAAUCGGCGCUUUUAACAGGCCCAUUAGAGCCGACUAACGAGUGGUACGCCGUGGCAAAAAUCGCCGGAAUUAAAAUGUGCCAGGCGUAUCGGAUUCAAUACAAUUUUGACGCGAUUUCAGGGAUGCCUACGAACUUGUACGGACCGAACGAUAAUUUUCAUCCCGAAAAUUCGCACGUUUUGCCCGCAUUGAUGCGGAGAUUUCAUGAAGCUAAAGUUAAGGGAGCUAAAGAAGUGGUAGUGUGGGGAAGUGGGAGUCCAUUGAGGGAGUUUUUGCACGUGGAUGAUUUGGCGGACGCAUGUGUAUAUUUGAUGGAGAAUUAUGGAGCAUUGGAACAUGUGAAUGUGGGGAGUGGUAAGGAGGUGUCUAUUAAGGAGUUGGCUGAGCUGGUGAAGGAGGUGGUGGGGUUUGAGGGAGACCUUGUUUGGGAUUCUUCGAAGCCGGAUGGGACACCGAGGAAGUUGAUGGAUAGUUCAAAGCUUGCGGAGGUGGGGUGGAGGCCAAAGAUUGAGCUUAAGGAUGGUCUUGUUGAUACUUAUAAGUGGUACUUGGAGAAUGUCAAGCAAUGAUAGUGGUGAUCAUUUAUUUGGAUUCAGGUUAUUUCCGCUGAAUGUGCUGCAUAAUUUAUUAGCAUUGGAAUAAAAUUUAUUGAGGUGUGCUAUCAUGGUUUUGUGAUUCAUAAUUGAGUUGUUGUAGAACAAGUUGAAUUCAGCUUCCUAUUGUAAUUUAUAUUAUUCAAUCACAAUUGCUGAGUUGAGUUGGAGGCCCUCAAUUUAGCUUAAAGGUGGGCUUGUUGAUACUUAUAACUGGUACUUGGAGAUUGUGGAGAAAUGAUGGUCAUUUAUUCAUAUUCAGACAAAUAUUCUUUUGUUCUUAUUGGUGUUGGAAUAGUUGUUAUUGAGGUGUGCUGCUAUGGCUUUUAGUGCUUGAUUGAGAUGUUGUAGAACAAGUUGUAUGCAGCUUGCAAUUUUAAUUGAAAUUAAUCUUCGAAUUUUGAGUUUUUGUUAUGUAAUUGUGGUUUGCAGAUGCUCCGUGAUCUGCAAUCUUAAAUUUAUGAAAGAAGUGUUAAAUGAUCUUACUUAA